CCAAUGUUCCGGAGAAGUUGCCAACGCGGUUGGUUCCAGUGCGGAUUCCUCCACCGUACGCUAGUGAGGAAAAUACUAUUGCCAGAACCAUCUAGUUUCUUCCACAUCAUGCCCAACAAUUUCAUUGGACAUCCGCAACUAAUGGACCGUGGAAGCAACAAAAGCAGUUCUGGCAAUAACACUUUUCUUUUGAUAAUCUAAUUCAUCGGUUGAUCUACCCAAAACCCUAAACCCUAAUAGAGAGAUGUCGGACAGAGAUGAUGACUCCGAUGCUCCCGAAGAAUUCACAUCCGAGCAGGGACUGCGACAAGACGAAGAGAUAAGAAAAGUUCAGAGAGAAAAUAAGGCUAGGGUUGUUCGAGAAGGAAAAGAACGUCGCAGACAAUGGGCUCAACGAAAAACACCACGCACAUCUGGAGGUGAUGAAAAUGUCCAAGAUGUUAUUGAAAAUGACACGGCCCAGGAAUCUAUGGCUAGUGGAGGAAUGCUUCCAAACAACGUUGUUGAACUCCUUGCCACUCGUGAGAAGCAAGUCUUCUUAUCGGACUCUGAAGAAGAGAAGGCCGUGGAAAAGCCAUCCUCAAAGAGGAAAAAGUCCGGAGGCAAUGGGCCAGAUCCUGUUAUACUGAAGGACAUACCACCUCCUCCAUGCUUACAAGACGCCUUGGAAUUUUUGAAGAAAAAGAAAAUGCAUGUUUCAAGGUCGACAUCAGUUUUGAACAACUCUAACCAAGCUUUCCGCCUCCUAUCAACAUCUGGCUUGUUAAGUAAGAAAUGAGGAGCUAGAAUGUUAGCUUAUUGAGUAUUAAUGCUAUUUUUGCACCUAUCAACUCUAACCUGUAAUAUUAAUGCUAUUUUUGCACUACCCCUGCUCCAUCAGAAGCACAUGGUUGUUCAUGAUCAACAUAUUUUAUGAGUUUAACAUCUUGUGUUAUUAA